AUGGGGCAUAAAUGUGAAGAUCGAGGGAAGAAACAACAAUGGAAACCAAAACUCAAGCCACCAGAAAUUCCCAUGAACACAAUGCUUGUUAAGCCACCAGAAACUUCCACGAACAUAACACCUGUUAUAUCACCAGAAAGAGAGGAGACAAUAGGAACAAGAAGGGGUUCUUGGACAAGAGCACGGAAGUCUGUACGAGAUAAAGGCAAAAACAUCAUGACUGAUACUUACAACAACAUCAACUGUAACAAUGGUUUUGAUGCACUUGAGGUUUUGAAUGACCAUGAAGUGACCAUAAACUCUGAACCAUGUUAG